UUGGUACGUGUUUAGUUUUUGUUUUUAACUCCGGUGAAAAGGGGUUGGCCAUGAUGAACACCGUCUUCAACAAGCUACGGAAUUUGGACGCAUACCCUAAAGUCAAUGACGAUUUCUACAGCCGUACACUCUUCGGUGGCAUUAUCACCCUCGUUUCCUCCCUUGCCAUACUACUCCUUGUCUUCUCCGAAUUCACAUUAUACCUUCAUACCGUUACUGAGACAAAGCUAUUGGUGGAUACUUCAAGAGGCAAAACCUUCCACAUAAAUUUUGAUGUCACUUUUCCUGCUAUUCCAUGUACGCUACUCAGUGUUGACACUAUGGAUAUAAGUGGCGAGCAACAUCAUGACAUAAAACAUGAUAUAAUUAAGAAAAGAAUCAAUGCUCAUGGUGAUGUGAUAGAAUCCAGGCCGGAUGGUAUUGGAGCUCCAAAGAUUGAGAAACCUCUGCAGAGGCACGGUGGCAGGCUUGAAAAAAAUGAGACAUAUUGUGGUUCGUGCUUUGGUGCAGAGCAGGUAUACGACGUCAGGAUCGUGGUUGGAAGUUGGGGCAUUGAGGGAGGAAAUUUGAUGUUUCAUGCUUAUAAUGCGUGUCUGCCGACACUCCAAGGCCAAAUGCAAGUACUGAAAUUUUUAAUGGUUGUUUCAUAUUGCUAUUUCAGGGGACAAUGGACACAUAAAACCUCAAAUGGAAUGUACCAGUACUUCAUCAAGGUAGUACCCACAAUAUAUACUGACAUCAGAGGCCGCACUGUUAACUCUAAUCAGUAUUCCGUGACGGAGCAUUUCAUGGAUUUGGAGUUCAUUAGCCCUAAUGCUCAUCCUGGAGUUUACUUCUUCUAUGACUUUUCUCCAAUCAAGGUCACUUUUAGGGAGGAACAUAUUUCAUUUUUGCACUUCAUCACCAAUAUAUGUGCUGUAAUUGGAGGUAUCUUCACAUUUGCGGGGAUAAUCGACUCGUUUGUAUAUCAUGGUCAAAGAAAGAUCAGGAAGAAGGCCGAAAUCGGAAAAUUCAGAUGAUUAAUCUGCCUAUUAUUCCCAUGCAU